AUGGACGAUGGUGAUAUAAGCCUCAGUCCGACGACAGUGUUUAUGUUGAGAGAUGCAUAUAUGUGUAUGUGGCUAUAUCACUAUCAAACUCCAAAUACUUUAAACCAAUCAUGCUGUCACGGUAAAGUGCAAAAUAUCGUCAUCUAUUCAGGAAAUACAAAUGUUUCCAGCUUCAUAACUUGUGAGGUCCAUACACACACUGAGCAGAAAGCCUUGGCGGAGGUCGGGGCCCAACAAGUAAUCCCAGCAUUAGUUAGGUAUUUAGGCAACUAA